AAUUCUAUUUCUUUCAGUUGACUUCACGAUAAUCUGAUCAACCUCAUCCAGCAGACCAAGCAAGCAACCUGAAUAAAUUAAUUUUGCUUGGAGUUAUGUCUUCCUACAUUGGUGUAAUCGCCAAAAAAGAUGUCCUAAUCAUGAGUUUUUUCAAAUAGCCUCAUUAAGCAUAUCCCAAACUUCACAUCUUGUGGGAAGAACCUCCAGAAAGAAAUGUCUGAAAGGUGUACUGUAUCACCCAUAUUGCCAACCAUCUUGCUUGCUGCCAUCAUCAUCUUUAUAUGUGGAGAUGGCAUGAUCUACAAAGCUUCGAUUCGAACAGUAUCCAUAAAUGAGAACAAAAAUUCAAACUCAACAAUUACGUGCAUAACACAAGAGCCACUGAAGUCCUCGCCAGAAAACAGAGAAGAAGAUGAUGAUAGUGGAACUUUUGAUUCCUUGAUAGUUCCAUUCAAUCUUUCAGGAAAAAAGGCAAGAAUUGAUUGGUUUAGGAAACACCUUCCCGACUUUCGAAUUUUGCAGUCAAACAAUUUCACGCAGCAGUUCCAUAAUCGACUUCAGGAGUUUCUCAGCCAUGAUUGUGAGACACAAUUCUUCAUGACAUGGAUAUCUCCAACAAGGACUUUCAGAAGAAGAGAACUACUGGCAGCAGAAAGCAUUUUCAAGUCUCACCCCCGUGGAUGCUUAACUAUUCUAUCAAGAACUCUGGACUCAGAAAGAGGCUACAAGAUUCUUCAACCUCUACUUGAUCGUGGGUUUAAAAUUCUGGCAAUCACACCGGACUUGCCUUCUCUAUUCAAAAAUACCCCUGUUGAGACUUGGUUUGAUGAGAUGAAGAGAGGAAAAAAAGACCCAGGUCAGAUUCCAUUAGCUCAGAAUCUAUCUAACCUGAUGAGACUUGCAGUUCUAUACAAGUAUGGAGGUGUUUACAUAGAUACAGAUUUUAUUGUUUUGAAGUCUUUCAUGGGGUUGAAGAACUGUAUUGGCGCUCAAAGUAUUGAUCCGGUAUCUAAGAACUGGACUAGACUGAAUAAUGCUGUUCUUGUUUUUGAUAAGAAGCAUCCACUUCUAGAGAAAUUCAUGGAAAAUUUUGCAUCGAAUUUUGAUGGGAGCAGAUGGGGAUAUAAUGGACCUUUUCUGGUCUCCAGAGUAAUAGCAAAGGUAACAGGAGCCGGAGAUAGACCAGGUUUUAACGUCACUAUAUUGCCUCCAGCAGCAUUCUACCCAGUGGACUGGACCAAGAUUGGUGAACUUUUUAAGAAGCCAGGAAACCGAGCUUCUGCAAAUUGGGCAAAAGCAAUGCUAUCUCAGCUAAAUGACAAGGCUUAUGGAAUACACCUAUGGAACAAGCAGAGUAAAAGUUAUACCAUUCAAAAGGGAAGUGUCAUAGAAAAAUUAGUUUCUGAUCAUUGCAUCGUUUGCAAAUACACUUAGAAUUAGGGAAAGCUCUACGAGAACAAAUGUAAAGAUGCAUGAAAAACUACAAUUUAUUUAAUACAGUACACCGAAAAUCUUAUCAAGAAUAAAGUGAAAGCAUUUUCCUCAC